AUGGCUCAGAAACCCUCGUAUAAUGCCAUUGAGGACUAUGGUUUGAUCGGGGACAUGCACACAUGUGCCCUGAUCAGCAAGGCCGGUAGUCUGGAUUAUAUGUGUUGGCCGGUCUUUGAUUCCCCCACGGUCUUCUGUCGUCUUUUGGAUGAGAAGAAGGGCGGCUUCUGGUCCGUGGAGCCUUCCAGGGCAAUGGUUGAUCCGCACAACAAACAGCGGUAUCUACCAUACUCGAAUCUGCUCGAAACACGCUGGACCAAUGAAGAUGGAGUCGUGACUCUGCUGGACUACUUCCCUGUGACGCCGAAAAAGCUGGCUCAGUCGGGCCGACUGCUCUCGGGCUACUGUCCGUGCAAUGAGCCCGGGGCUAACCGCUUCAAGUCGGGGCUGCAGCACUCGGGUGUGAUCAGAAAGAUCGAGUGUAUGCGAGGCUCUAUGGAGUUACAGGUGGAAGUGUUCCCGGCUUUUAAUUAUGCACGGGAUACGCAUAUCGCUCGUGCAAAAUUGGAAAAUGACUUGACCAAGCACCGGUGCCAGACUGUCCAUUUUGAGAGUGAGUCAGAGCGGCUGCAGCUCGAUAUCUUUGCCGAUUCGCGGGAGCCAGACAAGCUCGGGCUCCCCAAGGCUAAUUUCAGCAUUGAGGAGCGACCGGGGGGAAUGGGUCGCGGACUUGUGGCCCUGGUUCGCCUGUCCGAGGGACAAACUGUGCACUUCAUACUGCAUAGUCCCGAGAAGGCGGUGCCUGGCUCGGCUCUGAUGGGAGCAUAUUUGGGAAAGAUGGAGGAAGACACGUCUGACUACUGGACUGAUUGGACUCGCAAGUGUGCAUUCCGUGGACACUAUCGAGAGACGGUUGAGCGAAGUCUCUUGAUCUUGAAGUUACUCACCUACAAACCGACGGGAGCUAUCGUUGCAGCGCCUACAUUCUCACUCCCAGAAAAUGUGGGUGGUGCCCGCAAUUGGGACUAUCGAUACUCCUGGGUGCGCGACACAGCAUUUACACUGUACGUCUUCCUGAAAAUGGGAUACAGCCGAGAGGCGGAAGACUACGUGAACUUUAUCUUUGAACGGAUCUUCCCGCAUGCCGCACAGGACAUUGAGCCCGGAAGCAAGCGACCCUUCUUGCCGCUGAUGUUCACUAUCCGGGGCGAGUACGACAUUCCCGAACUGGAGCUGGACCACCUUGAUGGGUACAAGGGCAGCAAGCCCGUCCGCAUAGGUAACGCGGCUGUUUUCCACACGCAGCUCGAUAUCUAUGGCGAACUCUUGGACAGCAUCUACCUCUACAACAAGCACGGGAAUCCAAUCACGUAUGACCAAUGGGGUUCGAUUCGCCGUAUGGUGAAUUAUGUCAUUGGUGUGAGACACCAAAAGGACAUGUCCAUUUGGGAGAGCCGGGGCCAAAUCCAAAACUUCAUCUACUCCAAGGUCAUGAUGUGGGUAGCCCUGGAUCGUGGAAUCCGUUUGGCAGAAAAGCGAGCCAGUCUGCCCUGUCCAGACCGAUUCAAGUGGAUCCAAGUGCGAGAUGAACUGUACGACGAGAUCAUGGACAGAGGAUACAACGCUGAGCGCGGCCAUUUCUGUCAAAGCUACGAGAGCCGAGAGGUUCUUGAUGCGUCGAUUCUCAUCGCGCCGUUGGUCUUCUUCGUGGCACCCAAUGACCCACGAUUCAUCAGUACUCUCAAGCGCAUUCUGCAAAGCCCGGAGAAGGAGGGCCUCUCCAGUGCUAAGAUGGUAUUCCGAUAUGACCACCUGAAAGCCAAUGAUGGCGUUGGCGGAGGCGAAGGUGCCUUCAUCAUGGUUACCUUCUGGCUCGUCGAAUCAAUGGCCCGUGCCGCAAAGUACGAUGUCCCCAUUCCGAAUCUUUGGAAACUUGCGCUCUCGCAUUUUGACAAUAUCCUGUCUUAUUCGAAUCAUCUGGGCAUGUUUUCUGAAGAAGUGGCUAUCUCUGGUGAGCAGAUGGGUAAUACGCCCCAGGCAUUUAGUCAUCUGGCUUGUAUUAGUGCUGCUAUGAAUUUGGAGAGGUUGGGUCGUGAGGAGUAG